AUGCAGAAGUAUAUUGGCCAGCAGCUGCGCUUGGUGAAGCGCCAGGAAGCAGGUGGCUUCUCCAACCCCACAGAGAGGAAACAAUUGUACUUGAAAAAACUCGGUCUUGACAAAAAAGCAGAGGAGCUAGACCAGAAAAAGUUACGGCCUGCAUGGCAUUUACCCCACAUUGUGGCGGGCGACAAAUUUGUGGGUAACUUCCAGCACCCGGAUCUCUUUCGCGGCGAGCAGGUGGAUCUGAAGUUCACAGCAACAUCAGACACAGAGGCCCAGAUCUUCUCCAAGCGGGGAGACAUUGAUGACAUAGUCAACUUCAAACAGGAUUUUCCAAUUGCCUUCGAGCCGGGUGAACAGAAGGAUCAAGAUAUGACAGCCUACACCUUUCACAAGUUCAAUGAGCAGUGGCGUGAUUUCAAGCAGCCCCUACCAACAGACGAGGAGUGCCAACACAUUUCUCUUCCAAUGUUGCAGCUGUUUUUCAAACAGGUGGCAGGUGUUGAGGAUUUCCCUUCCGAGGGCGAGUAUGCAGAGAACUGCGCGGAUGCGACCAAGGGCAUGACGCGCGAGGAGUUCUUGAAGUACCUGCGGGAAGAGUCGCCUGAUUAUUUAGAGAAAAGCUUCCCAGGCGUCUUCACAGGGCGACGUUUCCAAUUCUCAGAUGGCAGGCUAGCAUUUGAUGGUGAUUUCCAGAUUCAAGGAGACAAUCUCAUUUAUGGCUUCGUGACGCUAGCUGGCGCGCCUGGUGGAACUUUCUCGCUAGAAUUGGUGGUGAAGAAGAAGGAGGGCGCCUGA